AUGUCAGAAUAUAGACAGAAAUCUGUUAUGCUCAAGCCUGUGUCAGUUGUACAAAUCAUGUUAUUCGAACAAACAGAUCUUAGAAUUGAAGGUGUUAUUAUUGGUCUUGAUGAAUAUAUGAACUUAGUAUUAGAUAAUGCAUUUGAAAUUUCAAUGAAAAAGAAAACAAGAAAACCUCUGGGACAGAUAUUACUUAAAGGUGAUAAUAUUACAUUAGUCUAUGAUGUUAAAGGAUCAGCUUAA